UUGACCUAUGAACGGCUCCGUCUUAACUCGCACAUGCUCCCGACGUCUCCUCGCUUUGGUCUUCCGUGUCAACAUGGCGGCAUCCAUGGCAUCCCAGGCUGCAGUGAGAGGACUGAGGACAGCAACCUCAAAGCACAUACUUCUGGACAAACUCAAGUGCACCUGGUUGAGUCCCAGGAGAUGGUUGAAUCUGCAAGAGUACCAGAGCAAGAAGCUGAUGCAAGAGAGUGGUGUGGCUGUCCAGCGCUUCUAUGUGGCCGACACAGCUUCUGAGGCCCUGGAGGCUGCAAAGAGACUCAAUGCCAAGGAGAUUGUGCUGAAAGCUCAGAUUUUGGCCGGUGGCAGAGGCAAGGGUGUGUUUGACAGUGGCCUUAAAGGUGGAGUGCACUUAACUAAGAACCCUGCGGUGGUUGGUGAACUGGCCAAUAAGAUGCUGGGUUUCAACCUGACUACCAAACAGACACCGAAAGAUGGAGUGAAAGUGAAAACGGUGAUGGUUGCUGAGGCCUUGGACAUUAGCAGGGAGACCUACUUUGCCAUUCUGAUGGACCGCUCCUGUAAUGGUCCUGUCAUGGUGGGAAGCCCCCAGGGAGGUAUGGAUAUCGAGGAGGUAGCCGCCAGAACCCCAGAACUCAUCUUUAAGGAAGUCAUAGAUAUAUUUGAAGGUGUGCGAGACGACCAGGCACUUCGCAUGGCAGCUAAUUUGGGUUUCAAAGGACCUCUGCAGAGACAGGCAGCAGAUCAGAUUAAGAAGCUCUAUGAUCUGUUCCUGAAAGUCGACGCCACUCAAGUUGAAGUCAAUCCUCUUGGAGAGACUCCCGAAGGACAAGUGGUUUGCUUUGAUGCUAAGAUCAACUUUGACGACAACGCUGAGUUCCGUCAGAAAGCCGUGUUUGCCAUGGACGACAUGACUGAGAGCGACCCCACAGAGAUGGAGGCAGCCAAGUGGGACCUCAAAUAUAUCGGACUGGACGGAAACAUUGCCUGCUUUGUUAAUGGAGCAGGUUUGGCGAUGGCCACAUGUGACAUCAUUGACCUGCAUGGAGGAAAGCCAGCUAACUUCCUGGACCUGGGGGGAGGAGUCAAGGAGAGGCAGGUGUACGAGGCCUUUAAGCUGCUCACUGCUGACCCUAAGAAAUGGAGGUUCCUUCCAUCCAAACCAUCUGCUGUCAUCGCACCACCCUUUGCCACCAUUCCAGUUCUCCAUCUCUCCAUCUCUCCAUGUUCCAAGACUUGAGGGAGUAUCACUAUCACAGAUAGCCAUGUCCAGUGCUGAGAGACAUUGCAGCAGAAGUGUGACUGUUAGACCUCUCUCAUUUCAUGCUCCCCUGGCGCUUAUGUGUGCACAUGCUGGGAGAUUAUGUGAGGCCAUUCAAACACCCAUUUGAUGAGAUCAUUCGUGCUCUCUGAGCCAUGUACUGACACCACAAACACUGUGCCCUUUCCUGUCCUCUAUGGCUAUUAAUGUGGGUGAUAUAAGUCACUUGUUGAGGUUAAGCCUGCGUCAUUGAAACACAGGUUAAUUGCAGUGAUAGCCAUUGAAUGUUGCUGUAAAUUAAUUAGCAGAGUAAAAAAUGAUAGCCAACAAACAACUUGCAAAAAGCCUUGAAAAUAUUUUUUUUCCUUCCCUCUUUGACUGGAGGUGGUCAAAGUGCACCUCACAUCAUUUACUGCAGUAUGAGUCACUGUAAAGUACACAUUUUACAGGAAGCACAUGGACAACAAUGCUUAGGCACCAAUACCUACGUAUAUAUUAACAGAUACUUUUUUUUAGCAUCAUAUCGGCUGUUGAGGAUUGAAAGGAUAAUUAAUGAUAGCUAAUCAUUCUAAUCAUAACUUCUUUUUAAAGGGGGUACUCCAGUGAUUUUAGUCUUGUACUUCCAUGAAGUCGGAUAACUGACUAAAAAGAAUGAUCAAAAGAAGCAUCAAAGACAGAGAUAUCCUGCCUUUUGGUCCCUACUAUGGGUCAAGCUCUACAAACGCUGGAUCCUGCAAUUCUAAUAAUGCAACUCAAUAGCAUCUUUCAUUGGACAGGGUUAUUUUUUUUGAGUUUUCGAAAGCUCCUCCAGAGCCACAGAAGACAUUAUACAACUGUUUUCACAGUUUGACAAGAACUCCCCAUGACGAGUAAACUGAACUUUAUGUGUAGCUAACAGUCUGAAAAUAGUGGACAAUUGUCCAACCUUAUUGGCAACAGAUGACAUUCACAAAAGAGGGAUAGAAAACUGCAGCUAAAUGCUGCUAUCAUGUUAGUAGGCUACUAUUUGCAAAGCCCAAAUAAAUCUGCGCUAUUUUCUUUGACUGUGGAAUUAUAUUACUGCUUACAGCACAGACAUAACUUUAUUGUAAGCAUUCACAAAUAUACUUUGUCUGUUUAAAUGUCCUGUCUCUCCUCAGUGCCCCUCCUCCCCGCCCGUUGUGUUUCAGGUAUUUGUUGCUUUGUAUGGCGAGACAUGCCAGCAGCAGUACAGCGAGAGAUUAUACUCAGUGUAAUUGGCUUUUCCAGGCCUGAUUUGAUACGAGCCUCUUGUCUGAUCCACACACUUCUUUAUUAUCGAGCGUAAUGGAAAGAUGUUGAGGCUCACAUAAAACAUUCGCCUCAUCGUAUCUCCAGAGAAAUCGCCUCUGUCGUUUUCUUUCUAUGCUCAGGGUUAGGAUAGAAAGCAGUGUUUCUGUGUGAAGCUGAAGCACUGACAGCAUACCCACAUACAUAGAAACAGACACAAUAUUAGCAUUACAAUUAUCAGCAUUUAAAACAAACACUAUAUACCUUAUGGUAACUGUCUGUAUACAACAGUCUGUGCAUUUAAACAUUCAUAAAUAUGUAAGGAUUCAGCAAGAGUUAACACUUCUGCAUUAUCUGUGUUAAACCAUUAUGUACCACCUCACAUUUCCCUUAUCCAGAUCUUAUUGUCCCUUCAUUCCUAAUAAGUGACAGCUGGUGGGAAGAAUUUGGUAUCAGAUUGUAUGAUCCAGUUCAGUCCCUAGUACGCUGUCCAAGCUGACAUGACUGUCUGCUGCUGCAGCAGUCUGCCUUGUUCACCAAGCAGCAAAGCCAAUGUAGAACACGGCUCUCCUACACUAUUAUCUCAGUCGAUAUCUGCUACUGCCAGAGGAGGAUACAGAUGGACAAGAGAUUUGCAUUGGGAAAACUGAGAAGUACUCUAAUGCAAGGGAGUAGAUUGUAGUAGAUUUAUAAAAUCUUUUUUAGAGAUAUUGUACAUUUUUACAAAAUCCCAAUUUUUCAACACAAUAAAAACUUACAGGUUACAUUUAAUACUAGAAAAUUGCUGAUAGAAAUGUAUGCCAAACAAAAAAACUAAAAUUAUGCCAAGCUACAGAUAUAGCUAAAUCUUUCUUUGCUUCAUUUGCUAAAAUGUAUUGGCCCAGUUUAAGACACCAUUCACUCUUUCCUAAUACUUGCACUACAUUUUUACAGAGUUGUCAUUUCCUCUUAUUCCUUGCCAUUCUAGUGUGGGUGACAUUUGCUUUGUAGAGGUUUGGUUGCCAAGCCAACCUCUGAGGCCUUUUACUCACUCUUAUUUUAAGCACUGUAACACACAAUAUCAGCACUCUGAAUUAUAAGUACAUUUUUAAUAAAGGUAAAUAGCUGCCUGAGACUUGUGAAGAUCAAAAUUUGGACUAGUGCACCCAUUGUAAAAAUGUUCUUUCACUGUAAUGGAUUCUUAAUGGAUCCUGGUGGAUGCUUUUGAUAAAGAAGUUCAACUUUCCAUUUUGAUACCCACUUCAGUCCAAUUUUGUAACAUCUACUGCUCACUGUCCCUUUUGAUAUGGUUUGAUUUAAUCAAGAGGGAACAGUAAACUUUCAGCUGAAGGCAGCAGCUUCAAUAUGAAAACAUCUGGUUACAUUGUAUCAUUGUAUAUUAGUUCUCUGAGAAAACGAAGUAUAAGUAAUCAUACCAGCAUAGGUUUCUUUUAGGUAAACUGUAGGGUGUGGCCAGGCAAGUCAAUAUGUUUAAAAGAAGUAUCAAGGUACACGUACCCUUACCGUGGGGGAAUCAUUCCCUGUACUUAUGGCAUGUACUGUAUAUUGGAGUGGAGAGAUAUGAGAUUUGACAGAGAACAGCAAGUAACUGAUAAAUUGCAGUGCUACGACAUGUUGGUGAGGUGUUGGUGUCUUUGACAUUCUGCUGACACUAAAAGUUCAAGGAUGUCUGUUUUCAGUGUAAUGUCCCUCAGUUGAUAAUUUGGUUAGUCUACAAAAUGUAGAAACAAAAUUGAUAGCAAUUACAGAAAAACCUGAAUAAUGUAAUUAAACUAUUGGAUUAUAGAUUCUUCAACCAGAUAAUGCAUUUAAAUCUUUAUCUGUCAUCUACAACUGCAUGCAAGCAGUAUGAAGGUCCUCCCUUUCGGCUAAUAAAAUCCUUAUAGCAAACUGAAGACAACAGUGUUCCUUCUGCAGCCUCUAUUAGAGUCACUGGUUGAAUGUACAGGAUAGACUUUCUCUGAUAGUGUUGUUUACUGAACAAUUUGAGAAAAAUUGCACAGACACCAAUAUCUACUGUAUAGUCCCAUUAUAUUCAAAAAAAGGCAGAGAUCUCUACGGUUAAUAUCUCCAAAACUCGGCAACUCACACCAAAACAAUCAAGUAUGAGGAAAAAUAUGUAUUGUUGAUUUUGGGGUGAACUGUCCCUUUAACAACUAGGUUGUAGCAUUAAGCUGACUGACCAUUUAGGUAGUUGCAAUCAGUGCUUAAAAAUAGUUAAGUUUUUUUUCUUUAGUUGCCAUAAAUGUUGUCCAGAUAGUAGCAGUAAGAUUCAGUCUAUUUCUUUUCUCUUUUUUUUUCCAGAGUUUGUUUUUUUUUUCUUUUUUUACCAGUAGCAAGCGUGGGAAUGCCUGAAAUAGUGUGUAGAGAUGAGUAGGAGAUGAAUAGAAGAGCACUGACAGAGAGGGAGUGAGUGAGAGAGUUGUGUUGAAAAGAGCGAUAAAGAAAGGAAAAUGAGAGAGUGCAGACGGUGAGGCGAGAGGGAGGAAACAGGUGUAGAGAGCAGUAAAGUGGGUGGAGGAGUGGGGGGUGGGAGGGGGUUCUAGCAGUGAUUACAUUGUCCAUCAGGCCACAGGACGGCCUGCAUCAGCCCACAGGAUUGAUGUUUGACAGAAUAAUUAGAAAACUGUCUCAGCCUGUAAUCACUGGAGCUCAUCUUGCCGGAGAAGACUUCCAUUCGCCUUCUGCCACACAUGCACCCACAUACACACACACAAAGAGGCUCGUCCGAGCCAUCCAUGGUUGACUGGUAUAUGGGACAGUGGGUUGAUAGAGUGGUAAGAUGGGGGUGUUCCUGUUUAUUCUUGAGGAACUGAAAGAGUUUAUCUGCAGAGGUGGGGAUUGGAGGCAAGUGUGGCACCUCACUCACUGGUUCACUGAAGACAGGAGUGGAGUACACGCUGGUGAUUUUAAAGGUGCUAGAGUUAGGGUUUAUGGACUGGGGAAAAAAAUGAAUUAAGUGGAGUUUUACUACAGCGGGUGGCAGAACGAAUGAGAUGUGGGACUGAAGACCCCCUUAACCUCACUAUGACUCUUUCAGUGCUGUUGUGUGUGUUAGAGGAGUGAGAGGACUGUAUAGACGUGGUUCCUUAGAAUGCUAGUCAAAAUCAUAGUUAAAAUGUUAAACCACAUAGGAUACAUGCAGGCAAUAUACAUAACAGCCACGUGCUCCCUUGCAGCAGUGAAUAAUGUCCAUCACACACAUUUCACAAUUCAGUUUUGUAAAAUAUUGCACAGUGCUUCUUGUGUUUACACAAGGACAGAUCAUAGUAAUAUGGCUAUGCAUAAUUUUCCCGGACAACAAUCAUAAAAAUACAUGUAUAUAUACAAAUAUACAUAUCUAAGAAAUAUCUAAUUAUUGCAUUCAUAUAACAAGAAAAAAAGGUUUGUUCAAUGCUUCAGUGAUGUGAACAGGUCUGGCAAAGCAAGCAUGAAGACGUCGAAGCUGUGAAGAAAAAGACGUAACUGAACUCGAUGACAUUGAAACACAGUAAAAUUGGAUCUGCCACACAAAAGCUUGAUGGAACAUGUCUAAACUAUGUUUGGUAGCCAUUAGGCGUUAGAAGACCUACCAGAAAGUCCAAACAAAUGUCACAUUCCCAUUUUGUCCUCCUCAUGUCUCCUCCUGGGUUUUUUAAACUUGUAAUGAAGCUUCUUGUGGUGGAUUCAUUAAGCAGGUAUCUUUGCUUUGGAAAUGGAAACAUUUUAAGCUGGUAUUGGUAAUGUUUUUAAAUUCAUAUAUAGAUGAUACAGUACGUUCAUGGUGUGGUCGAGUGUUGUAAAACACAGAUACUGGGACAUUUACUCUAUAUAUUCUGCUAUUGAAAGACGUUGAUCGGGUUUUUAGGGGACCUUAUUGUAUUUGUUAGGAUUCUUCUUUUUCUUAUGCCCUAAAAGUAUCUGGGUCUCAGAAACCGUAACAGCUACUGUUCCCAAACCUGGCAGAUAGGUUGGAAAUCUCACCCACUACUCAGACAAAACAAUAUUCACUGAUUGGCCAGAUGGUGGCACUAUAAUAAUGAACUUUUCAUUUUGGCGUAUAACUUUUGAACCAUAAGAAACAAAUUUAGAAUUUUGUCCAAAUCAGUUUUUUUGCUACUACUCCUACAAAUUUGAGCAAUCGGCAUGAAAAUCAGCACAUAGCUUAUCUGAAUCAGAAUCAGAAUGUCAGAAUCAGAAUCAGUAAUACUUUAUUGAUCCCCGAGGGGAAACUCUUUUGUUACAGCAGCUCACUGUCACGUCAGUGCACACAAGGAGUAGAAGUACUAGCAAAAAAAUAUAAUACACUAUAGUACACUAUAAUACAGGUAACCAAAUAAAUUAAGUACCAAGUGGGUAAGUAUAAAAUAAGCGUGCAGUACCAAGUGGAUUAACAGGUUGAUGAUAGAAGUACAGUAUAAGGUAAUAGUGCAAUGAGUAAUGUCAAUAACAAUAACAAUAAAUAUGAAUUUUAAACUAAAAUAUUGCACAGGAGUCUUGCAUAGAAUAUUGCACAAUUGUGUUAAGUAUUGCAGAGAUGUAAUCAUCAAUGUCCAGUUUAAUGACUUAGGGUCAUAUAGACCCUCAUAAUAAGCCGCACGGAUUUGAGUGAAAAAAAAAAUUCUCCACAUGUUCUAUGGCUAUGUUCAAUUCAUUGUAUGAAGUUUGGUCACGAUUGGCCAAAAGGGGAGUGGUUUAUAAGCAUAAACUUAGUUUUCAUAUAUAUUGCAGUCAAAACUUCCCAAAAUCAUUUAAAUUUCACCGUAUGUCCUAGAGAGCUGAAUUUCACAUCCACUGAAUUGUGACAAAAGUUUGCCUCACUGCAACCUAUGGUCAAUUCAGAAGUCCGUCACUCUAUAUUUUUCAAAAUAUGCAAAGUCAAUUAAUAUCUAUAGCUCCACAAGUCUUCAUUCUUUCAUCACUAUUGACACAUUCUUUAGUUAGUAGAUGUCAAGUAUUUAGAUCGGUCAAAUGGUAAGUCUGCAGUGAUAUUCAGUAUCUUGCUGUAAUUAGUACUGUAUGCACAACAUUUUCUUUUUUGCUCAGUGUUGGAUCAAACGUCACCAAAGUAUUUGACAAUACACCUGGAACAUAUAAUGACACUCACCGACUCAAGGUGACGCUGUAAUAAUCAAGUUUACGUUUUUGGCAAUUAUCUCAAACAACUUGGCCUAGAGUCAAAAUUCUUUUAAUCUCUCAAGUCAUCUGCAUCUGGUCUUCUGCUCUAAAAAUGUCAAAUUUUGCGAUUUUCCUCUCUAUUUUCUGAAAAUCCUUUUUUUGACAUCAAGUCAGAAACCGCUGGGCCAAUCAUCCCAAGACUUAGUCAUGAUCUACAGACCUCACUGAUCUUAAGUUGUUAAAGGAAUUUCUAUUCAAACAUCCACAAGAAAUCAGGAAGAGUUAAAUUAGUGAAGGUCUGCGGUCUUCAUUAGGAUAAUACCCUCAGCCUGAAUCUUCAGUUCAAAGGUCACAUCAUUUGUCCACCAUAUAUGGCCUUCUUGACAUGGAGCAAGCCCGUAGACCUCCAUCAAUAUACUCAGCCUCUUCCUUUUCCUCCUGAGGCUUUUAUUGGUUUUUCUGAUCCCUCUAAUACCUGAGCAAACCCUUAAUGACUAAUUGAUAUGCUACUCUGUUCUCCAGAGCUCCAUCAAAAGUCUGCAGGGCAAAAUGUCAGCCUUGGAGCCAUUGGUCGCCCCCCUCCCCUGAAAGACAACUAAAAGUCCUUCGCAUUUGCACAUAAGAGCGGACCACUCCAUUUGAUGAGACUUAAUGAUAUGGGAAAAUUUUAUGUGACAGCUCCCACUGCAGCAAGAAAGUAUGGGGUAAGGGUGCUAACAUGCCCAAUUAGUGUAUGUAUCCAUGUCUGACUUUUUGAAAAUUAAAUCCUGAUUGUGCCCAUCUGUUUCGACCAGGUUUGGGUGUUUCUGGCAAUUUAGCACCCGCUUACCCAGACCUCGCAGGACCCACAGGGGGUGAACGUGAGGAAAGGAGAGGAGGCUGGAGUGGAGAGCGAAAUAUCUCUAUUCUAUAAAUUUCCAAAUUACUCAUUAAGAUAGAGCUGAGUGGCAUCGAAAAACAUGUCUCCUCAUCGCGAUAUAUGGAGACAUGAUGCACUGUCACUGAAUGGGACGGGGGUCUGCAGAGGCUGGGAGCGGGUGCAGGGACACCAGUGCAGACCUACAUUCUCCCAAUGAAUCUAUAAUUCUCAGAAUUAUAGCUCUCUGGGGGUUA